UGCGCGGGGAGGGGGAGGAGAACUGACGUCAGCGGGAGAGUAUUAUGGUCUGUCGUGCGCUGGCUGCUGCUUUUCUGCUCCUGGAAGCGGCCAAGGGGGGAAGCGGCGAGUCAACAUGGAGCUUUCAGCGGUGGGGGAGCGGGUGUUCGCGGCCGAAGCCCUCCUGAAGCGGCGCAUACGGAAAGGACGCAUGGAAUACCUCGUGAAAUGGAAGGGAUGGUCGCAGAAGUACAGCACAUGGGAACCGGAGGAAAACAUCCUGGAUGCCCGCUUGCUUGCGGCCUUUGAGGAAAGGGAAAGAGAGAUGGAGCUCUAUGGCCCCAAAAAGCGAGGACCCAAACCCAAAACCUUCCUCCUCAAGGCCCAGGCCAAGGCAAAGGCCAAAACUUACGAGUUCCGAAGUGACUCAGCCAGGGGUAUCCGGAUCCCCUACCCUGGCCGCUCGCCCCAGGACCUGGCCUCCACUUCGCGUGCCCGAGAGGGCCUUCGGAACAUGGGUUUGUCCCCUCCAGCCAGCAGCACCAGCACCAGCAGCACCUGCCGCGCAGAGCCCCCUCGGGACCGGGACCGGGACCGGGAGCGGGAGCGGGAACGUGAGAGGGAACGGGAGCGGGGCGCCAGCCGAGUGGAUGACAAGCCCAGCUCGCCAGGGGACAGCUCCAAGAAGAGAGGCCCCAAGCCCCGGAAGGAGCUCCCGGACCCCUCACAGAGGCCAUUGGGCGAACCCAGCGCUGGCCUCGGAGAGUACCUCAAGGGCAGGAAGAUGGACGACGCCCCUUCCGGGGCAGGAAAGUUCCCAGCCGGCCACAGCGUGAUCCAGCUGGCCCGAAGGCAGGACUCGGACCUGGUGCAGUGUGGUGUGACCAGCCCUAGCUCAGCCGAGGCCACGGGAAAGCUGGCUGUGGACACCUUCCCGGCCAGGGUGAUAAAGCACAGGGGUGCCUUCCUGGAGACCAAAGGCCAGGGUGCCCUGGAUCCCAGUGGUGCCCGGGUCCGACAUGGCUCAGGCCCCCCCAGCUCCGUGGGGGGCCUGUACCGGGACAUGGGGGCUCAGGGGGGAAGGCCCUCCCUCAUCGCCAGGAUCCCCGUGGCCAGAAUCCUGGGGGACCCGGAGGAAGAGUCCUGGAGCCCCUCCCUGACUAACCUGGAGAAGGUGGUGGUCACGGAUGUGACCUCAAACUUUUUGACCGUCACCAUUAAGGAAAGUAACACGGACCAAGGCUUUUUUAAAGAGAAAAGAUGAAUGCCGGGUUGGUGUGCCCAGGACGAGAGCAGGGGAGAGAGUGAGCGUGAGCUUGGCAUAGCGAUUUUUAUUUCUGGGUGGGAUGUGGCCUUUGGCUGCUCCCAUCCCUGAUGUCACCCCCACCCCCACUAGCCCCUUUCAUCCCUCCUUCCUCCCCCUCAGUUUUUGUUGGAAAGAUUAUCUCUAGAGUUAUAUUUUCUAUUAGAUGUAAAUAUGUUAUUUAAGAAAAAUAUCUAAAUAUAUAUAUUUCAACUCUUGAAGUUGUUUUAUUUAAAGGAGAGAGACUCUCAUCGUGCUUUAGUUGGGGCAGGCCGCAUGAGUUGGGGCAGGAGGGGCCCCCUUGCCCCAGGGCCCUAGGGAAGUUGGGGGCCUGGGUACAGGUUUCUGGGAAUGUCUGAGGGGCUUGGCCUGCCCACCCACCCCUCCUCCCUUCUCCCACAGCCCAAUGCCAGACUCCUGGCACCAAGGCCAGGCCCAGAUUUGCUCUCUCUUCCCAUUGGCUAGGCAGGCCAACAAAAGGUUGGCUCCCCAAUCAGAAAAAAGGGGGGUGGGGUCAGUCUGUUUUCCUUUUUUCUACUUUUUUUCUUUUUUUCUUUCUUUUUUUUUUUUUUUUUUUUAUUUUUAAUUUUUUUUUUUUUUUUUUUUUAAGGUAAAGAAGUCUAUUAGGGAGAAAAAAGUAUUAACUUGAAUAAGCUUUUCGUGUGUGAUGUUGAAGUUAAAAAGUCACCGGCGGGCAGGGACAGGCGGUUUCUUCCCAGGACCACACCAGGAAAUGCACUUUAGGGAGGGGUGUGUGUGGUACACGCAGAUCGUGUGUAUGUCAUGUGGAUAAAAUCUCCCCGUUCCCUCGUUCCUUUCCUUACUCCGCAGAAAGAAAAGAAAUCCAGCGAAUCUGUUUACAUUCCCGAAAUGCCAGGAUAAAUUGGGAGGAUUGCGUGUCAAUGCUCAGAGUUCGAGACAGUUGUUUUACAAGAAAAGUGUUGGGGUGGACUUUUCCUUUUCGCGUCCUCUAGCUUUGCCAGGAGAAGAGACGGCGGCCCCCACCUCCCAGGAAGAGUUGGACAAGCCUCCCUGCCUGGGGAGGGCGGGCCGCCAGCUCCGCGAUGGACACACGGCCAGACAGGCCCACCCUGCGGAACCCACGGCGGGAGGCGCGGCGGCCGGCGCUGCUGGGAGCAGCGGCUUCGCACGCAGUCUUUCGCCGCGGCCAGGCUUGGAGUGCGGCGGAGGACCUGGCCUCGGGGCUCGGAGCUGGGGCUGGACUCACCCCCGCGGCUCCGGCGGGGCAGGGGAAGGAGGGGAGAGGCGGGGUUUCAUCUAAGAAUGCCCAUCAGAACUUUUGCUUUUCCCUUUUUUCCCCCCGUCCUUCUUAAAAGCAAAAGCUAUAAUUUAUAGGCCUUUUCGAUUCGCAGUGUUCUUUAUUUGAACUCGACAUUCAAACUCCGCCAAAGCGGGGAGGGAAGAGCGGGAGGUGGGAGUGGGGACGCGGCCGCGGCCCGGGAAGCCCCUGCCCGGCGGACUUGACCGCUCCCCCUCCGAGGGCCCAGAACGCGCGCCCAUCUUUUGACUCAAAAGCACAAAUCAGUCCCCUCCACUCCAUCCCGGUGCCUGGGAGCACGGAUGCCGCGGCCUCCCCGCCCUCCCCGCCCUUAAAGGGCCAGCGAGUAUCUAACUUCGCUUGUCGAGGGAGGGGCGCGGGGGCCCUGCGCUCCAGAGAAAGCACAGACUCGGGGCGAGCGAGGCGGAAGUCGGGGGUGGGGAGCUUCGCGUGGGGUGGGGGGUGCUGGGAGGGAACCCCAGCCUCCUCCUCCGCACUCCCGGCUUCUCAGCCUCUCUCUCCUCCAGACUUUCUUGCCUUUAAAGAGAGGACAGGAGGGAAACGGUGUACUACAGGAUUGUGGUUGUUUUUGAAUAUCAAAUUGCGCCUAUAAAGAGAAGUCCCUGGAGUGGGGAUUUUUAUCUGCUCACAUUUGUAAAACUGGUAUUUUAGACUUUGUAUAAAAAAGCGCCGUUGACUGAGUGUAUCUAUUUAAAUGUUGACGCUAUUUUCAGAUGAAACUUCCCUGUAAGGGCAUGUCUGUUACCGAGUGGACCGGACUGGGGGACACGCGUCUUCACCUGGCCGCCGCCUUCACUCCCUUCUCACCCGCCUGUCCUUCACUCCCACGUCCCUCCUUUCCUGGGGCUUUGCCCCUUCCCUUGGAACCUUCCUCCAGCCAGCCUAUUUCUGUCCCUGCCGCCCUAGUCCUGCUGUUUGUCCGUGGCCGUGCGUGUGUGUCUUCUUCGCUCGCUCUUGCGACGCUGACCUGGGGGGUGGGUGGGCAGGGGCCGGGGGCCGUGUGGCUGGGAGUCUGCAACCGCACAGGAUGUGUGCGCUGUUGGGUUUAUUUAAUUCUAAGAUUUGUACAAAUCUCCAAUCGAUCUCCGCCUCAGCUCAAGAGUGAAGCUUCAGUACCUAUCUUCUGCGGUCGUGAAUGUCUGUAUCCAAUAUUGCUUUUUACGUGUUUAAAUAUAUACUUUGUAAAUAGA